GUGCAGAAGAAAAUUAUGUGCAAUUCUAAUAAAGUUACUUCCUGUUGUAAGUGUGUGUCAUUAAUUUAAAGGGAGUGACGUGACUCCCUACUCAAUAUUAUCGCUAAAACCAAACAUGGAUCUCCGAAGAGUGAAAGAUGAUGUCAAGUUAGAUUUAUGCCGGACAUAUUACAAAGGUGGUUUUGCACUCCUGCCAUUCUUAUGGUUUAUUAACUUCCUGUGGUUCUUCAGAGAAGCUUACCGCCGGCCAGAGUUUGAACAACAGAAACAAAUCCGUACAUAUGUUACUCGUUCAUUGAUUGGGUCUUUGAUCUGGUUCAGCAUCAUGAUUAUAUGGAUUAUAAUUUUUCAGAUGAAACGAGCUGAAUGGGGAGCUGUGGCUGAUUACAUGUCUUUCAUCAUUCCUACAGGCAGAGCAUAACUUUCUACAAGUGACUUAAUAACUCAUAUAGAAGUAUGGUUGUCAGUCAAUAACUGCCAAAUGACCUUCUUGCUCUGUGGCCUCUGUAAUAAACCUGAACUUGUUCUGAGAGAGAGAGAGAGUGUGUGUGUGUGUGUGUGUAUGUGUGUGUAUGUUACAAAGUAAAAGAGUGAAACCUGUAAAAUAUCUGCGAAUGACUUUUUUUUAACAUCCCACAUGAAUUGGCGUUAGGAAGGGCAUCCAGCUGUAGAAACUCUGCCAAAUCAGAUUGGAGCCUGGUGUUGCCAUCCGGUUUCACCAGUCCUCAGUCAAAUCGUCCAACCCAUGCUAGCAUGGAAAGCGGACGUUAAACGAUGAUGAUGAUGAUGAUGAUGAUGAGGGUUCCUAUUUACUUAAAUCGAACUGGAGACUAUUUUACCUAUAUGGUCUUUUCAUAAAAUAACAUCACAUAUAACUUGAAUAAUUGUCCUUAUUGUAAUUAAAGUCCCUCAAAUAACUUA